AUGAAGUCGGCUGUCAUCUUCUCGGCCGUCGCCCUCUUCGGCGCCGUAUUCGCCGCUCCCCUCGAAACCUCUCCCAACGAGGCUUCCCAGCUCUUCGCUCGCAAGCUCUGUGUGGCUGAGGAGGGCAUUGCCUGCUACUACGACAGCAACCGGUGCUACUGGCACGAAUGCUCCCACUGCAGCUGCGACGGCGUCAACAACGGCGCCAAGCUGAUCCGCCGCGACUGCACCGACGCGAAGGACGCCGCCCACUGCAUUUAUGUCUCCAACCUCAAGGCUUAA